CACAUUAGGUCUGACGUUGGCGGGGGAGGAGUGUGGAAGGAGCCUGACCCAGCGCUGAGGGUUCUGGUAAGAGGCUGAAGGGGUUUUAACACCUUCAGGCCCAUGGGAGAGGAGGGCGCGAGGGAGGGGGGCACCUAUUAAACCUAUAAUGCCAGGAAAACUGAUUUGUUUUCCUGGCACUAUAGGAGCCCUUUAAAUUCUGGCCCACUUUAUGCUCACGGACUACAAUUCCCAGAGUUCUUAAAAUGCAAUGAGCGUUGUAGUUCAGCAACGUCGUUGGGGGAAGGGCAGAAUUUGAGAUGCCGGAUAGAAAUGUGUGUGUUAAUAAUUUCAGUAAAUGAAGUCGUGUUUGGACACAGCCCAUGUUAGUGACAUCACGCAGUCUGUUAAUGUCCGUACACACAGAUCUAGGAUCCCUGUAUAAACUAGUAUUAAAAGCUUCAUGCGAGAGAUCAGUAACAAAGCUGUUUGUACGUUUUAUAAAGCGUGACUGUUUAUUUUUGGAGCAGAUUAUAAAUUCCAGAUUUAGUGCUGUUAAAAAAUAAAUAAAUGUUGGGUUAGAACAUGAAUAGUGCUUUUCUUUGUCGUAAUACAUAAAAAAUUUUUUUUUAAUUUUAGAUAACGUUUGCAGAAAUUUCAACGUACUCACAGGGUAAUUUUACUAAACUCUAGUGAAUUUAAAUUAAAGGUGCACAACUCAGACUAAAACAGCUGAUAUGGAAAAAUUCUCCAACUCGGAUAUAGGCUCCGCUUGACUAGUUUAGCCUCUAGUUUGCGUAAGGAUUUUAGUUGGAUACAGAUUGACGUUUAGUGAAUAAGACUCACAACUUUUUGCCACUGAGAUCAAUUCACUGCAUUUCAAAGUUGAGUGAAUUAGCCAGUCAGACCAGGGGGUUAUUUACUAGAAUGAGAGUUCAAGGCCAGAGUAGCCAUACUUAAAGCACAGCUGAUAUAUAGUGUUGUUCCAGUUUGGCUACUUUGAUCUUGAACUUGGAAUUCACCUUAAACCAGGGGCUCUCAACCCAGUCCCCAAGGACCCCCCUAACUGUCCAGGAUUUAGGGAUUGCCCUGCUGUGUCUAAUGUGUUUUUAGGGGGGAGGGGGGAGACAAACACUUUAGACACAGCAGGGUAAUCCCUAAAUCCUGGACAGUUAGGGGGGUCCUUGAGGACUGGGUUGAGAAUCCAUGCCUUAAACUCUCAUGUUAGUAAAUAAGCCAGUAAUUGGUGAUUUCAUGGACUCGUCUGGGGAGAGAUCAGUAACAAAGCUGCUUUGACAGCUACAAUAAGGAUAUUCUAGUCCUGGGGAAAACUGGAAAAGCCAGAUUUUGUACUGUUUUUACAGUGAGAUUUUGAGAACGCGUGCAGUUAUUCAGUGUUUGUUUCGUUUUUAUCCUAGACACAUAAAAAUACAUUUCUUAUAUUUCACAAACACUUUUUUUAUUUUUCAUUUUUCUUUUGUAUGCAAAACCCACUAGAUAAGAUUUUCACAUAUAUACAAAAUAUUUAUUGACACUGAUUUUAAAACCAGCUUCUUAUCACUAAAUAGAACUAAAUGUUCUAUGAAACUAUAAGUAAUAAUUCUUUAGCGUUUUAACCUCCACAUUCCAUAGCUAGGUAUGAGCUGCGUUUACUGGGUGAAUAGGAUAGGAAAGUGCCCAUUGUGGUGAGCUGGUAGUAAUUGUUUGAUGUUUGGGGUAUUUUCCCUAAUUACAGCUCCUACUUCAUAGCCCCAUGGCUUGUUUGUGAGCUCAGCAGUGCUACCUGGCCUGUGUCAUGAGGCCUGUGGUCCAGGCAGAUUAUUGUUGGUGAUCCUGGUAAGAUGGAAAGUCAGGAGCAUAUCACAGUGCAAGUACUGAGCCGGUUCUGAAGAUUUCACAGAGUUCCCAGUGUGCGGGAUCCACGAUUAAGGUAAAUCUGUCCUAUAUACAAUGUAAUAUGUGAAUGACAAUGUUUUCUGUAGAGGAAGGUGGGGGUCAAUUAAAGGUGCGUCCACAGCACCCAGACAGGUUGGGUGCACAGAAUUAUUCAUUGAUAUUCAGGGUUAUUUGCUACAGUGAAAGUGUAACCCCUUAAGGACACAUGACGUGUGACAUGUCAUGAUUCCCUUUUAUUCCAGAAGUUUGGUCCUUAAGGGGUUAAAGGGAGUUUUACAUUUUAGACCAUAAUAGCCAAACCGAGAGAAUAGCUGAAUUAAAGAAUUAAUCCAUUUCAACUAUUUUGCCCUUAAACCUGAAAUUCACUGUAACUCUUUCCUUACCUGCAUUAGCAAGAAGUAAAAUCUGGGCAGUGGCUACAUUCAUCUUUGAUGCUAACAGGGGGUCUGAGUUUCCACCAAAAUCUGGAGAUCGGAAUGUCUUGCUGUAAUCCACGACUUGACAAAUCUGUUUAGAAUCUAGAAGCCAGAUAAAAACGUUAGGAGACAGGUUUUGUUUAUGAAUGAAGAAACCUUUAUUUUCAACGACAAAAAUACAAUUCUUAAAGGGACACUAUAGUCACCAGAACAACUACAGGUCUCUAUAGCCUGUGCCUGCAGGCUUUUUAAUGUAAAUACUGCCUAGUAACACCUCUAGUGACUGCCACUCAGACGGCCACUAGAGGUGCUUCCUGUGUUCGUGCUGCACAGUGUAGAGUACUGGCGUUCAGCGUAUCCAUGCGCUGCAUGGAGGCGCUGAAUGUUCCGCAUACAGAUGCAUGGAUUCAAUGCAUUUCUAUGAGGAGAUGUGCGGAAAAUGUUGCACAUGCUCAAUAGCCUCCCAAUCAAUGCUAAUGGUAAAGCAUGGAUUGGCUGAGAUCAUACGAAAAGGAUUAUCUCAACCAUGGAGGUGGGGCCAGCCACGGCGAGACCAGCACCUUUGCUAUGCGAUGGGAGGGGGGUGCGGUCACCUAAACCAGCAUCACUGACACACACACACUGAUUUGACACACACUCACUGACAGACACACACAGAUUCACAGACAGACAGACACACACUCACUGAAAGACACACUCACAAAUUACCAUUUGUUUUUUUAUUUAAGUCCAUCCAACGUCCCUAUCUUUGGGAGAGCUGGCGUGGAACCUUUCUCUGAGGUCCAGUUUGGUUGCUGAAAUCUUCUAGCUCUUCUCACUCGCCCACCAUUUAGUGAUGCCGGGACCGGAGUAGCAUCAUAUAUUGGCAUCACAUCAGUGGCUUUCUCGCUGCCUGCCUCCAUUCUCCCUCAGCCGGCCACCUCAGGGUGUGCGCGGGGGCUGAUUCUGUAACCGCUGAUUGUGCUGAACACCCGGGGCGCAUCCAACCCUACUUAACACCAGAUGCGACUAAGGUGCUGGUCCAUUCCACUGUCCUUUCUCGCCUUGACUACUGUAAUCCACUUCUCAAAGGUCUUGCGUGCUCCCAACUUGCACCAUUACAGACCAUAAUGAAUGCGACGGCGAUGCUCAUCUUCCUUCCCUCCCGCACCGCCCACGCCUCACCCUUCUGUCAGUUCCUACAUUGGCUUCCUGUAAGAUAUAGAGCUCAAUUUAAAAUUCUGGUUCUUGCUUUCAAAUCUCUACAUAAUGCUGCUCCCACCUAUCUAUCCUCCCUAAUACACAAGUAUGUCCUGUCUAGGCCCCUACGCUCUGCUGAAGACUUACGUCUAUCUUCUGUCCGUACUCCCAUCUCUGAUGCUCGACUUCAAGAUUUCUCGAGGGCUGCUCCGUUCCUGUGGAACUCGCUUCCCUCCUCCGUUAGAUGCUCACCCAGUCUCCACUCCUUCACAAAAUCAUUAAAAACCCACUUCUUCAUUAAAGCGUAUCCAAUAAACUGUUAAUAGCUCCCCACUGAUUCCUCUCUUGCAACUGUCAUUAGUCUAAUACUAUCCUUACCUUUUUGUGUCAUUUUACCCCACUCCCUCUAGCAUGUAAGCUCAUUGAGCAGGGCCCUCAACCUCUCUGUUCCUGUGUGUCCAACUUGUCUGGUUACAACUACAUGUCUGUUCAUCCACCCACUGUAAAGCGCUGCGGAAUUUGUUGGCGCUAUAUAAAUAAUAAUAAUGAUAGGACAAAAUUCUUAGUAGCCAUGGCGACCUGGCGCCUGGGAUUUGUCGAAACUUGCUGUAAUCUGUACCUUCACUUCGUAUGAUUGCAUAUGAAGAACCCCAGCCCACUGAGUAGAUGGGGAUCACACUCUCAAACACAGAUAGUAAAUUCAAUAUAUUUAAUUAACAUUAAAAACACAAUUGCAAAUGAACAUAAACAGUGCAAAAUAAUAGAUAGCUUAUGAUAAACUCUACUACUGUAAUGCCUCAGUCCUUUGUAGUUUCUGCCAAAAAACAAUCACCGUCUGUAUAUGACCAGCUAAAAAAAAAAAACACCCACCAAUAGUUCUAGUAAAUGUGUCCCACAAGAUGGUCGGUGCCCUUGGUGCUUGAUGCUACCCCGAUGGAGUUUACGUUGCUGAUGUCAGUAAAACUCACUCAGACUCUUAAAUAAACCUCACUUACUGGAUACAAGUCUAAUCGUUUCCAUUAUUCCAGUCACUCAGUAAGGAGGAGAUUACACACGUCACUGAGGAUAACUCUUGCUCACCAGAUUGCUGGAUCUUCAAUGUAGCUCUCCUCUGCUGGUAAUUAGUAAAAUACUUGAAGUAGACACUGGAAACAGCAGUUACAGCUCUCAUAAUGUGUAUCUCUGCAGAUCAGGAAACUCGUUGGUACAGGGUGAUCCUCAGAGCUGUUGUACUUCCUAUACUGUAUAUCUCUGAAGAUCAGGGAAACUCGUUGGUACAGGGUGAUUGUCAGAGCUGCUGGACCUCCUAUACUGUGUGUGCCUGCAGAUGAGGGAAACUUGUUGGUACAGGGUUGUGAUGGACCGCUUAGCCCUCCCCCCCCCGACCGGGUGCCUCCACCAAUCGAUGCUCCUAGUGCUCACCGUGGACUCCAAGCACUCCACCAGACACCAUCAGCACCCACGUCCAGCGUUAAAGCGUGGCUGGGAACUUGCCGUCUUCCACCCACCCUGAACCCAAGACCAGGAUCCAGCUUCCAGUGGGUGAACCUCUCCUACUCCAGAGAGUAUAGCAGGAAAAGCUCUUAUAAGAGCUAGUGAUUAUAAUCCCAGGGGAAUAUAGUGAUAUAGCAAUCCCCAGGGUAGGUACAGCUGAUUCUCCCACACAUGAGACAAGGCUCUAUGUUGAGGAUAAGCAGGAGCUCAUUUUAAUUGGACCACACUUGGUCUUUUAUGACAAUCCCCAUGCAAGGGGUACUCCCACUUGGACCUGAUGGAAGACUGAAUUACAAAGUCACAGACCAAUGACAACAGUGUUACAAUACAUGACACUCCCAUACAUAAGCGGAUAAUCCCUCCUCUGUGCCCGGAAGCUAAUCUGAUCAGGAACUGUACUAAUCUAAUCCAAAAGUUACAUCCCCUCAUAGCCCUGAUCUGGGUGACCAACACAUCCACAAAUCACCCAGAUCAGUUCAGGGGUUCAGGAAUUUCCUGGAAGUAAUUUAUUUGACCGACCGCACGCAUAUCCCUUGCCCAAAAUAGUUCCAGAGAAUCAGGGCUUUCGGUCGGUCUAGUUCAGUAGUUUAAAAACAAAUAAACUACCGCACAUAGUCAAUGUACUUACCCUGGAGCUUGUUCCCCUGAUCCAGGCAAACGAUUCCACCGAACAGUGAUAUGUUUGUAUAGAAACGAACGCAGGUGAUUAUGAAAGUCCAGAGGUGUUCAGGAGUUUUUGUGUCCGAUUUUCAGUUCCAUGAGAAUUAUGCCCAAACAAAUUGCCGCCACCUCAUGGUUGUCCAUAGGAAUUGUGGCCACCCAGACAAACAAUUAGAACACUGCGGUGAGAAACGUUCCAAGUUGUUAAUAGGUGUUAACAAGCUCCCGGGUGGUCCCUGGUUCGUGUGGUUGUUGGGUAGUCGAACGGGACAAUGUUAAAAUAGGAGGGGAGUGCAAACUACCAAACAGAAUAGCCAAGAAGGCACGAACUCAGUCUUUUAUGAGCCUUUGUGCAUGGCCCAUAGUCCUGAGGCAGGAGGCUGGCAAAAAAGACCCUCCUCAAAGCGGCUGUACUUCCUAUACUUUGUUUCUCUGCAGAUCAAGGAAACUCAUUCGUACAGGGUGAUUCUCAGAGCUGCUGUACUUCCUAUACUGUGUGUCUCUGCAGAUCAGGAAACUCGUUGGUACAGGGUGAUCCUCAGAGCUGCUGUACUUCCUAUACUGUGUGUCUCUGCAGAUCAGGGAAACUCGUUGGUACAGGGUGACCCUCAGAGAUGCUGUACUUCCUAUACUGUGUGUCUCUGCAGAUCAGGAAACUCGUUGGUACAGGGUGAUCCUCAUAGCUGCUGUACUUCCUAUACUGUGUGUCUCUGCAGAUCAGGAAACUCGUUGGUACAGGGUGAUCCUCAGAGCUGCUGUACUUCCCAUACUGUGUGUCUCUGCAGAUCAGGAAACUCGUUGGUACAGGGUGAUCCUCAGAGCUGCUGUACUUCCUAUACUGUGUGUCUCUGCAGAUCAGGGAAACUCGUUGGUACAGGGUGACCCUCAGAGAUGCUGUACUUCCUAUACUGUGUGUCUCUGCAGAUCAGGAAACUCGUUGGUACAGGGUGAUCCUCAUAGCUGCUGUACUUCCUAUACUGUGUGUCUCUGCAGAUCAGGGAAACUCGUUGGUACAGGGUGAUCCUCAUAGCUGCUGUACUUCCCAUACUGUGUGUCUCUGCAGAUCAGGAAACUCGUUGGUACAGGGUGAUCCUCAGAGCUGCGGUACUUCCUAUACUGUGUGUCUCUGCAGAUCAGGGAAACUCGUUGGUACAGGGUGACCCUCAGAGAUGCUGUACUUCCUAUACUGUGUGUCUCUGCAGAUCAGGAAACUCGUUGGUACAGGGUGAUCCUCAGAGCUGCUGUACUUCCUAUACUGUGUAUCUCUGCAGAUGAGGAAACUCGUUGGUACAGGGUGAACCUCAGAGCUGCUGUACUUCCUAUACUGUGUGUCUCUGCAGAUCAGGAAACUCGUUGGUACAGGGUGAUCCUCAUAGCUGCUGUACUUCCUAUACUGUGUGUCUCUGCAGAUGAGGAAACUCGUUGGUACAGGGCGAUCCUCAGAGCUGCUGUACUUCCUAUACUGUGUGUCUCUGCAGAUCAGGGAAACUCAUUGGUACAGGGUGAUCCUCAGAGCUGCUGUAUUUCCUAUACUGUGUGUCUCUGCAGAUCAGGAAACUCGUUGGUACAGGGUGAUCCUCAGAGCUGCUGUACUUCCUAUCCUGUGUAUCUCUGCAGAUGAGGAAACUCGUUGGUACAGGGUGAUCCUCAGAGCUGCUGUACUUCCUAUACUGUGUAUCUCUGCAGAUCAGGAAACUCGUUGGUACAGGGUGAUCCUCAGAGCUGCUGUACUUCCUAUACUGUGUGUCUCUGCAGAUCUGGAAACUCGUUGGUACAGGGUGAUCCUCAGAGCUGCUGUACUUCCUAUACUGUGUGUCUCUGCAGAUCAGGAAACUCGUUGGUACAGGGUGAUCCUCAGAGCUGCUGUACUUCCUAUACUGUUUGUCUCUGCAGAUCAGGGAAACUCGUUGGUAGAGGGUGAUCCUCAGAGCUGCUGUACUUCAUAUACUGUGUAUCUCUGCAGAUGAGGAAACUCGUUGGUACAGGGUGAUCCUCAGAGCUGCUGUACUUCCUAUACUGUGUGUCUCUGCAGAUCAGGAAACUCGUUGGUACAGGGUGAUCCUCAGAGCUGCUGUACUUCCUAUACUGUGUAUCUCUGCAGAUGAGGAAACUCGUUGGUACAGGGUGAUCCUUAGAGCUGCUGUACUUCCUAUACUGUGUGUCUCUGCAGAUCAGGAAACCCGUUGGUACAGGGUGAUUUUCAGAGCUGCUGUACUUCCUAUACUGUGUGUCUCUGCAGAUCAGGAAACUCGUUGGUACAGGGUGAUCCUCAGAGCUGCUGUACUUCUUAUACUGUGUAUCUCUGCAGAUGAGGAAACUCGUUGGUCCAUGGUGACCCUCAGAGCUGCUGUACUUCCUAUACUGUGUGUCUCUGCAGAUCAGGAAACUCGUUGGUCCAUGGUGAUCCUCAGAGCUGCUGUACUUCAUAUACUGUGUGUCUCUGCAGAUCAGGAAACUCGUUGGUACAGGGUGAUCCUCAGAGCUGCUGUACUUCCUAUACUGUGUAUCUCAGCAGAUCAGGAAACUCGUUGGUCCAUGGUGACCCUCAGAGCUGCUGUACUUCCUAUACUAUGUGUCUCUGCAGAUCAGGAAACUCGUUGGUACAGGGUGAUCCUCAGAGCUGCUGUACUUCCUAUACUAUGUGUCUCUGCAGAUCAGGAAACUCGUUGGUCCAUGGUGAUCCUCAGAGCUGCUGUACUUCCUAUACUAUGUGUCUCUGCAGAUCAGGAAACUCGUUGGUACAGGGUGAUUUUCAGAGCUGCUGUACUUCCUAUACUAUGUGUCUCUGCAGAUCAGGAAACUCGUUGGUACAGGGUGAUUUUCAGAGCUGCUGUACUUCCUAUACUGUGUGUCUCUGCAGAUCAGGAAACUCGUUGGUACAGGGUGAUUUUCAGAGCUGCUGUACUUCCUAUACUGUGUGUCUCUGCAGAUCAGGAAACUCGUUGGUACAGGGUGAUCCUCAGAGCUGGUGUACUUCCUAUACUGUGUGUCUCUGCAGAUCAGGAAACUCGUUGGUACAGGGUGAUUUUCAGAGCUUUGUUAUUUUUCUUUUGAUGCUGGUCUGUCCCGGGGUGAAGGCCAGGACUUAGAUUUUCUGCAUUAAGAGAAUUUUCUUUUACAGGAUAUGUUUGCUAUGUUCCCAGUCUGUUCACAAUUGAAACAUUUAAACUCUUGCUUCUUCUAUAAUUGAGAAACACAAAAACCUUGGUUUGGCUUGUUCCUUUUUUUAGGCUUAGAGGAAUGGGCUUUAGAAUCCGUCCCCUUCUGAUUUCCUGAAAUGUGGAUUUCUUUUCAAUAUCCUGCGGAUGGGAGACACGCUCAAUCUGUUUCUUUAUGGCUUUUGCUUCCUUCAUUGUUUUUGUGAAGUCCAAUAAUCCCCUGGCUCGUAGAAAACUGGUCAGCCCUGAUCAUGGUGCGACCAUGAGGUAGCAUUCCCCUUAAAACUUGUCUUCGCCUAUACUCGGCAAAUUGGUCUGAAUAAAUUAUCCCUUUCUCAAACCGCUUUCCCAGCAUUAAUUCCAAGCUAGGUAUGAUGAAAGCUUUUCCUUCUCAUGCCGAACAGUAGCCGUAUAUUGUAGGUGUUGCUCCUCUUCACAUUCCUCUCCAUAAGGAUUGACUAGAGUUAUCAAGAUUUCAUCUUACUAAUAGAUCAUCUUACUAAUUCAUCAUCUCGAAUUCAAGCACAGAUGAUUUUAGACUCUCUCAAAGCUUCCUCAAAUUGAAAUGUUCCUCACCAGCUGGUACUGGCACCAUAAAACAAUCUUUAGUUGUUUGUAGUUAUGUUCAGUGGAUGGAUGUCCUAACCACACUUUUGGCUAGUUGCUCCAAAACCUCUAUUAUGGAGAGACUCUUCUCAUGCUUUGGUAAUGUGGUCGCUGUCUUCUUCUUCACCUGGUAUGAAGCAAAAUAUGUGUCUGGAGUCUUCCUCAUCAUCAGUGUCUUCAUAAACCUAAAUUAAGAGACUGGCCGGAAUAGUGUGCCAGAAUACUGUGUACACACGGUGCCGUAUCCUUGGUUUAGGGGACCAUAAUCCCUUAUAAGAGCUACAGCUAAUCCUGCCUCGUUAUGCUUCUGGGUCUGAAUUAGAAGAAACCACUCCAGUCCAUGUACCUGUCGGAUGAUGCCAUCAAAAUUCUUUCUCUCCAGUUUGAGAGGUAUGUAACCUCUUCCUUAUGUGCUUUUGUUAGAAGGGCAAGUAUGGACAGCAGCUACAUUAAACUGUGACUCUAACAGGAAGUCUGAGCUUUCGCCAAAAUUUGGAGAACGAAACAUCUUGCUGUAAUAAGUGCCUCUACUCAGUGAUUCUGCAUACGGAGAACCUCCCCACUGAGUAGAUAGGGAUCCCACUCCUAAUAACCACUCUCGAACAUGAUGUUAAAUGAAAUAUAUAAAUGCAGAUAAUCUGUUGAAUUGCCAUAAACAUACAAUUGUAAAUAAACAAAGACAGUGCAAAAUAAUGGCUAACUCAGGGCUCGACAAAUCUCAGACACCAAGUUGCCAUGGUGAAUCUCAGUGAUCUCAGCCAAUACAAUGCUUUCCCAUAAGGAAACAUUGGGGAGUUAUUGCACAUACGCAGCAAAACACAAUGCUGAGCCAAUCAGCAACACCUCAUAGAGAUACAUUGAAUCGAUGCAUUUCUAUGGGGAUCAUUCAGCGUCUCCAUGCAGAGUGUGGGGACGCUGAAUGUAGGUGCUGCACAUUGUGCACCACUGGACUAAGAGGGACUGCUCCUAGAGGUGUUACUAGGCAGCAAUGUAAAUACUGCAUUUACCCUGAAAAGGCAGUGUUUAUCUUAAAAAGCUGGCAGGGGCAGGUUAUAGAAACCAGAACAAUUAAAGUAAGCUGCAGUGUUUCUGGUGAUUGUAGUGUCCCUUUAAGAAUUAUUAUUGCCAUUUAUAUAGCGCCAACAGAUUCUGUAUAGCUUUACAAUAUUAUGAGAGGGGGGAGUUUAACUAUAAAUAAGACAAUUACAAGAAAACUUACAGGAACGAUAGGUUGAAGAGGACCCUGCUCAAACGAGCUUACAGUCUAUAGGAGGUGAGGUAUAAAAAAACGUUAGGACAGGAGAUAGCAAUCAAAUUAGGUGGGAGUGAAGCAGAGCUGGAGGAGAGAGUAGAGUGCUGCCCUUUCGGAGAGAGCAAGAGAUAGGUAUUUAAUGUUGAGGUUACUCUGGGAGGCCAUAAGCUUUCCUAAAGAGAUGGGUUUUAAGGCCCUUCUUAAACAAUUGAAGACUAGGGUAGAGUCUGAUGGCGGUAGGCAGGCUAAUCCAUAGGAAAGGAGCCGCCUGUGAGAGGUCCUGCAAGCGCGAGUUGGCCGUAUGGGUGGGAGCAGCGAUCAGGAGAAGGUCACAGGCAGAGCGGAGGGACCAAGAAGGGGCAUACCUAUGGAUCAGUGAAGAGCUAUAAGAGGGGCUAGAAUUGUUCAGUGCUUUAUAGUUUGGGUUAGCACUUUGAAUUGACUCCUAUGGGAUACAGGAAGCCAGUGUAAGGACUGACAGAGGGGUGAGGUGUGAGAGGACCAACUAGAGAGGAAAAUCAGUCUGGUGGCGGCAUUCAUUACAGACUGCAGCGGGGCAAUACGGCUUUUGGGAAGAUCAGGAGAGGGUUACAAUAAUCCAUGCAGGAAAUUACUAGCGCAUGGACAAACUCAUUGGUAGCAUCUUGCAUAAGAAAGGGACGGAUGCUAUGUUUUAAAGUUGAAAUCUACAGGAUUUGGCAACAUACUGGAUGUGAGUCUCAAAGGUGAGGCCAGAGUCAAGUAUGACAGCAAGACAGCGCACGUGCAAGGAUGGACUGACAUGGGUACCACUCUCUUGAAGGGAGAGCGAAAGAGGAGAAUCAGUAUUAGGAGGAGGAAAGAGAAGGAGCUCAGUUUUAGAGAGAUUUAAUGGUAUUUUUGUCAUUGAAAAUAAUGUUUUUUUAGUUUAAAAAACCUGACUCCUUACAUUUUAGCUGGCUCCUAGAUUCCAAGCACAUUUGUCAAACCAUGAGCUAACUAAUGAUGGUCAGUGCUGCGGUACUGUCUCAGUCCUGUGUCGUUUUUUGUAGCACCAUAAACACUGUCUGUAUAUGUUCCGCAUACAACCCCCACCCAGCAAUGGCAGCUGAGGUCUAACUCGGUCCCCAGAGCCUCGUUUGCUCAGUACACGGUCUAUCAGGUUACAGGAAGGGAAGGCAAGGUGGUCACAGUACAGAAACUGUAGGAUUACUUCAAAUUCUCACUUUACUCAAUAACCCUGAUAGUAUUUAUUUUUCCAGGGAUUUUAAAGCAUAUUUCUCAUUUAGGGCCUAAUUAGUCGAACUGAGAGCAUAGCUGUGUUGGAGAAUGUUUCCAUGUGGAUUAUUUUGGCCUAAUAUAUAUUAAAAUCUAAAUGACAAAAUUGAGGCUAAAGCAGUUGCUUAUAAGGAAUUCUGCAACACGCUGAUGGUCACACUUUACUAGUUUAGCCCCGAAUUUUGCUGUUCGUUCCGAGCUGGGGUUUAGUAAAUAAUCCUGUUUGAAUUCCCAGCAAUAAAGCCAUGUGUAGGUUUGGUUACUCUUAGUUAAGCAGAUUUGGUUGUUGUUUUAAAAUAAUUGGUUUUGCUCCAUGUCGACCCUUUCCAGCUGACAGGAUUAACUUCUAUGUUCUUGUAAUGCUGCUGUACAUUAUGUCUUUUUGGGGUUCCUGGGAGGUCUGGGGUACGUCAGGGGCCAACUGUAGUGGUUUUGAUAGUUUAACCCUUUAAGCAUGCUUGCGCUGUGCCAUAUAUAUAGAGCUUUUCAGCCCAAACGUGACAGCUUCAGCAGCCGGUAUAGGCAGCACAUUGUCCUUAACAUUGUGUCAUACAAUAUCAUUUAUAGUGCCAACAUAUUCUGCAGUGCUGUACAAUAGGUAACCAAGACAGACACUAAAUCCAAACAACACAUGAUUGACAUACUGGAACAAUAGGUGAAAAGGGCCCUGCCCAAAUGUAAUUACAAAGUAAAAGCACACGGACAGGUAAUUAACAUAUCAGUUGUUGUCUGGAAUAUGAAGUGACGGAGUGACUUCAAGAAUUUCCCAAACCCAGCUGUUGCUGCCUAAAAUGUAAAUUCACUUUGAAUUCCUGACAAUUCUCUGUAAAGUGUGAAUUGUGGAGCAUUCAAUGGGACUGUCACGAUAAAAUAGCAGAACUACAAACAGAGCUGGCAUUUUAAAAAUCAAAUUUGUCUAUUUUGGGCCAAAAUGUGAAAAUCUCUUUGAAUUCUCCACAAUCCACACAUUGUUGAAAAUCCCUAUUUUAUAAUAUCCCUAUAUAUAAAGGCUAUUUUGUUAAUGUGGAGCUACUGACAGGGUAAGAGGGUGCGAUGGUGCUCUCAGCCUAUUAGCGACGCCCCAGUCCGCGGUUUCCUAAUUCAGGCCCCUGAUACAAGUGUUAGAAGACGGGCAGCGCUGGAUUCAACACGUUGGAUUUAAACGUUUGGUUAAUGGUUUGAUUAAUGGUCAAAAGGAAAGAAGGUGUGGGACAUCCUGGCACCAUAACAACUUAACUCCUAUAACGUUGUAGUAUUAUCACACCGCCUUCCUUUAGAGUUAAAGUUUUAGUCUCUAAGGUUAUCCUUAAAGAACCCUUAUCCCAAAAUGCUGUUAGUGCAAUAAAAAUGUGUGUGUGUUUUAUUAUAUAAAUAUUAAUGUAUCCUCCCAACCUGGCUGUCUCUUUCCCCCUGUGUGAGAGUGCACCACCCAUGUGUCCCCCAGCCUGGCUGUCUCUUCCCCCCUGUGUGUGAGGUUGUCUAUUUAUGUGUCCCCCAGCCUGGCUGUCUCUUUCCCCCUGUGUGUGAGGUUGUCUAUUUAUGUGUCCCCCAGCCUGGCUGUCUCUUCCCCCCUGUGUGUGAGGGUGUCUAUGUGUCCCCCAGCCUGGCUGUCUCUUUCCCCCUGUGUGAGAGUGCACCACCCAUGUGUCCCCCAGCCUGGCUGUCUCUUCCCCCCUGUGUGUGAGGGUGUCUAUUUAUGUGUCCCUCAGCCUGGCUGUCUCUUUCCAACUGUGUGAGAGUGCAUCAGCUAUGUCCCCACAGCCUGGUUGUCUCUUUCUGUGUGAGAGUGCAUCAGCUAUGUGUGCCCCAACCUGGCUGUCUCUCUCUGUGUGAGAGUGCAUCACCCAUGUGACUCCCAGCCUUGCUGUCUCUUUCCCCCUGUGUGUGAGGGUGUCUAUUUAUGUGUCCCCCAGCCUGGCUGUCUCUUUCCCCCCUGUGUGUGAGGGUGUCUAUUUAUAUGUCCCCCAGCCUGGCUGUCUCUUUACCCCUUUGUGUGUGAGGGUGUCUAUGUGUCCCCCAGCCUGGCUGUCUCUUUCCCCUUUUGUGUGUGGGGGUGUCUAUUUAUGUGUCCCCCAGCCUGGCUGUCUCUUUCCCCCUUUGUGUGUGAGGGUGUCUAUUUAUGUGUCCCCCAGCCUGGCUGUCUCUUUCCCCUUUUGUGUGUGGGGGUGUCUAUUUAUGUGUCCCCCAGCCUGGCUGUCUCUUUCCCCCUUUGUGUGUGAGGGUGUCUAUUUAUGUGUCCCCCAGCCUGGCUGUCUCUUUCCCCCUGUGUGUGAGGGUGUCUAUUUAUGUGUCCCCCAGCCUGGCUGUCUCUUCCCCCCUGUGUGUGAGGGUGUUUAUUUAUGUCCCCCCCAGCCUGGCUGUCUCUUUCCCCCUGUGUGUGUGAGGGUGUCUAUUUUUAUGUGUCCAUCCUCUGUAUCCCCACUCCCUAACCUGGUUGUCUCUUUGAGAGAGUGUAUGAGUGUCUCCCCAUCCUCCCCCUGUCACUGUCUGUCUCUCCCCUCCUCUAAUGUCACCUUUCCCCUCCCUCUCUCAGCCUCUCUCCUCCCUCUCUCUGUAGGAAGUCCUCACUUUCCUCCCAGCUAAAGUUUUUGUAGAGAAUAGAGGGUCUGGAGAGACAGCAACCAGUAAAUGUGAAAGAGAGAGAGGGAGGCCUGGGAGAGAGUGCAGGCUGAGGAGGCAGACUGCCAUCCCUGCAGCCACAAGAUGAGACAGUCUGAUACCCUGUGACUGCUCCACACAAGAAGAGACAUCUUGAAAAGGUGAUUUAUAGCCUGACAAAGAGACUUCACUGGUGAGUAAGAGACAGUUCCUCCUUAUAACAGCACCUUGUUUGUCACCUGGGUUAAAUCAGACAGGGUGGGUCCUACAUCAUGGAAUGGCCUCCCAGCAGAGGUGGUAGCAGUACAGAGACAGGGGGUAUCCAGGACCCCAGCUGCUGUGUGAGACUGGGACACACUGGAUCUCUUAGAUUUAUUUAUAAAAACAUGUUCUUUGGACAAGGUUCUAAAAGUGGAGCAGUUACCAUGGAAACCAGUAGAAUGAUCUUGCUGAUUGCUCCAGAAUUGCACUUUGAACAGGACUGUCAGUGUGUGUUGUGAUGUUGUGAUGGUGCGCAGUUUGUUUACAUUGGUGGAAAUCCCCCAUUACCUAAACGGCAGUCUUGAAAAAAGUUUCCACCACAAUCCGCUCGGCCCGAAGCCUGUACGUGUAAAUAAUAUAGCAGGAUCCUUUCCACAGCCUCGUAUACAGUACUAGUGUGGGGUUACUGUUACCAUCCAGCCACUGUACCAACUCUCAUUGCACUCAGCCAGCAAGUCUUCCACAUUACGCUCUGCCAUCCAUUCACUGAACUUCAACCCUCAUCAUGCUGAGCAAGCCUUGUUGACUGUGGAGGGCCUUCUCCCAUUCAGCCGUAAGCUGGCUUAGCAUGAUUAGGCCUGUGAUCCAACAUGCAGUGAUACCCAGCCUUGCCCUGUGUUAUUCUAAACAGCUUAUUAAGCAGGAAGCCAGGACUGACGUAAUGGUACCUCUCCCAAAUUUCUCAUCCACAUCUGGUUCUUCUGGAUGAGCCACGUCUAUUGCAGAAAUAGUAAAAACACACUGCCAGGCUGUCCGUCAGUCCACGGGAGAUGCCCACACUUGUAAAGAGAGAGUCCAGUUAUGGGAUCAUUUCUUAUCGAAUUAGGCUGCAAGCACGUCUUUUGUCCCAGACAUAACAAAAAUAUACAACAUGGCGAUCGCAAUUAAAGAAUGAGUGGUGGGGAUGUACAGGGCACAUAGAACUAUCUUCCUGAAGAUAUCUGGGGUAAAGAACCCAACAGCUGGGGCUUUAGUUACAGAGCCUGUAGCCCCCCAUCCCCCGCCCCCAACACCCGAGAGGGCACAGCUGUGAUUUUCAAGGUAAAUGGCAAGAUCGUUUUUGUAGUUUUUCAUAUCUUGUUCGGUAUUCAGGCAGUCGGCGUUUCUUAGGUCUGAGUUGAUUGAAUGUGAAAACGUUGUACACAGUCACUGAUUAUUGAAUGUUUCUCUUGGUGGAGCUAAUUUAAUUUUUUUUGUAAAUUAACCAAUCUCAUAUCAAUUCUCCCAGAGUUAAUAGGGCUGACUGGAGAGACAUAUCAGUGAUGUGCCAGGCUCCAAAAGAUUGAUAAAACUGAUUAAAAAAUGAAUCUACAAACAGUAAAAAUAGAGGAUUUUAUUAUAAAAGCGCCGCUCCUGAUGACAUUUGUGGCCGCGAUUACCUGGCCGGUGUAAAUAACAAUUCCUGCCUGUAAAUCCAGAAUAAACUAAAAUUGUAGCUUAUUUUAGAAGACACUGUUGUUUCUAUAGUCUUUAUGUGGCUGAUUAUAUCUCUGUUUUUGGUCCGUGUCUUCACCAUCUCACAGGCCGGCCAUGAAGUCCUGGGUUCUGCUCUGUCUGCUGGUCGGUGGCUACGUGGCGUACCUGCUCCUGGGGUCCCUGGUUGUAUCCACCAUUGAAUCUCCGUACGAGCGCCAGUUGCGGAAGGACCUGGUUGAUCGCAAGCAGCAGUUUCUGUCGGAGAGUUCUUGUGUUAAUGAGACGGAUCUGGAGGAGUUUUUGGCAAAGGUUAUCAAUGCCAACAAGUUUGGCGUCUCCAUCUUAAACAAUGCAUCCAACGAAAGCAGAUGGGACCUGGCAUCAUCUUUGUUCUUUUCCAGCACUUUGGUCACCACAGUGGGUAAGAUCUGGUAACCUAUGUUGGAACAAAGGGACCUAAUGACAAUGACAGUGACAGUUUAGUGGGUUAAAGGGACAGUCCCAUGUAAGAGUAAAGUGACCUAAUGACAGUGACAUGUUUAAUGGGUUAAAGGGACAGUCCCAUGUAGGAGCACAGUGACCUAAUGACAGUGGCCGUUUAAUGGGUUAAAGGGACAGUCCCAGGUAAGACUUGUUUAAUGGGUUUUAAAGUCCCUGUUACUUCUUAAUAAAAAGAUGAUUUGCUCAACUUUUUUUUCUAGUGCCGCUUCCUUGCGGCUUGCCCCACUCUUGUUCCACUCCAUGGCUGAAAUUAUCAAAUUUGAUGAUCUCAGACAAUCAAAUGCUUUCAGGCUAUUGCGCAUGAGCAGCACAACACUGCAUGGAGACAGUGAAUGUUAGUGCUGCACACUGUGCAGCACUGAGAUAGGAAGCACCUGUAGUGGCCGUCUGAGUGACUACCACAUUAAGCUGUAUACUGUAUAUUAAGCUGUAUACUGUAUAUUAAGCUGUAUACUGUAUAUUAAGCUGUAUAUUAUACAGUAAGCUGUAUACCGUACAUUAACCUUUACAUUAAGCUGUAAACUGUACAUUAGGCUGUAUACUGUACAUUAAGCUGUACACUAUACAUUAAGCUGUAUACUGUACAUUAAGAUGUAUACCGUACAUUAAGCUGUAUACUAUAUAUUAAGCUGUAUACCGUACAUUAAGCUGUACAUUAAGCUGUAUACUAUACAUUAAGCUGUAGAUUUUCUGGUUACUACAGUGUCCCUUUAAAGUAGUAUUUCUCACCUCUAAUAGGUCACACUGUAAAGGCAUUUAUAGUUGUUAGUGUGAUAUAAAUACUUUCACAAUAAGAACUAAGCAUGUCAUUUUAUUUAUUUUCUAUUUAUGAAUACUAUUUCCCUGCGAUUCCUGAUGAUGUGUUUUGUUGUAAUUUAGAGGGUUGCACACUGGUUUUAAUUGCUCCCCAGAGGUAAGGUUGGGGGGCUGCAGGGUCUGUUUUUCCUGCUCGGAUUCCUGUUCUGGCAGGCGAGGGGUUUAUUACGUAUGGAUAUCCUGAAAACUUUGAGAGUAUCCAACUCCUUUUCUGCAAAGAAAACGCAAUCAUGGUCGCUUGCUGGGAAUUUUUCAGAUAUGUAAAUAUUGUGAGUACUUAAAUCCUCGUGUCUCCCUUCGGGGCACAGAGAAAUAGUAAGCUGUUUAGACUGUACACAAGGAUUGGAUUGAGAAACUAAAGAAGUGAACUGUAACACUUUAUAAGAAAUAAGAGGAUCAGCAAACACAGCGCCGCGUGAUAUCCUGACAUUUACGGAAUAAAACCGUGACAUGUCCCUCCCAGUGGGGCCUGGGGAAGUUUAAACAUUGUGGGGAACUAGAUUCUAUCCUGAGAAUUUCCCUCUGUACCCCAACUUUUUGGGCUCAGUAAAUGUAACCGCAUGUGUUCAACCCCUGACCCACUGAGACCUCCUCAAACUACGUUCUUAGAACCGGAUUACCCUUAAGGAGGCGUUCGGGGCUGCAUUGAUGUGAAAAACAGAACAGGUUUGUCCCUCGUUGGCAUCCUGAUAAUCUCCCACCGCGGACCCAUUGCUAGCCUAGUAAGGUGGACUCUGGACACGGCAGUAAUUACUAUACUUUCAGUUAUUAUCCCCAGGAAGCUGGCUUCUAAUCCUGCAAAGAAAAUCAAAUCUAGCUAUUCUAUCCAAAUCGUAAAACUAGUCGUUAACUUUGCUUUUUUUUCUGUUGUUUAGCAGAAGUUCCAUUUGCGUUUGCUUGGCAGCUGUCUUUCUAUGGAGUGUUGCUAGGAAUGAAAAGAAGCCACGUUGGUGACAGCAAUGAAUGCUUUGUUGCAUUUAAUGAUCACUGAUUCUCAGAGGCAAACUAUGCUUUGUUUGGUUUAAGGUUACAGUUUGAGAAAGGUGUUUCCGCUUAAGGGCGUAGUCCAUCUAUCACCUGUAUCCUCCUUACCUGGGGCUUAGUCAGUAGACCUGAGAUAGAACUGGGAAAUUGCAAAUUCUAGGCCAAAGUUGUUGAACUUGGGGAUUCUUUUCAGCCCUUUUUUUCAUAUAGGAAAAGUCAAAAUAAAUUAAAAAGAUGCUCCCGUUAAAUGUUCUGGCUGCUGGUAAUCCAUUGGGAAAAUCCGGCAUCGAGCCCCUCUAUUACCAGGAAGAGGAUCGACCAACCAGGAGCCUCUCCUACCUAUUGCUCCUCCCCCUUAGAGUUUUAUAAGGGAGUUCUUUGUAUCCGUAGAUUAGAACACAGAACAGUCUAUCAGGGUCUAGCUUGGCGGAGGUGGGCUACGCUGGCAACCCAAUGUAUCAGAUCCGUUAGGGCCAUCUUGUACUUAUGAUUUUAUUUUAUUUGUGUCUGCUUCUUUCAUAAUAUUAUUUUAUAUAUAUAAUUGUUUCUGAGUUUUGAAACAAUAAACAAAAAAGAAUAGUUCAGGUAAUCCCUGGCAUUGCACAGAAAGUACUCCCAAUCCUUGAAAAGAUCUGGAUAUUACGGAGAGUUUAGUGUAUCAACACAGGAUCAGUGCAUCCUGUGAUCAGUAAAACCUUGUCGCAGCGACACACGCACAGUGAAUUAUUUAUGUGCCUGCCAGCAAUGGUCAAAUCGCACGAGGAAUGCUAAAUAUCUUUAUCCUGAGUGUAUACGCAGCUCGUAACACAGGUAUUCCCUCACUCAGGCCCUCAGCUAAAUCAAAGUCAAUUGUGUAUGAACACAGCAAGUAUGUCAAAACUAUAGGCAGCCUUCAGAAAUGGCAUAUUUAAAGGCAAAAUGUCAAGUAAGAAUUGAUAAACACUUUGAGCGAAUUUUAUAUGGAGAGGCUCUGACUCAGUUCAGACUGGUAACUGACCGUGCAAACCCUUCAACACUGGGCAAGUAAACAAAAACUGGGCAAGUAAACAAAAACUCCAAGUGCUAUUUUAUCGUGUGCUGCUGUGUUGAAGGACCAGUAUACUUGCCCAGACCACUUUGUCUCAAUGAAGUAUUCCUGUUGCAGUGGUCCUGUCCCUUUAACUCUGCAUUGGAGAUAAAGCAAUGUUUACAUUCCAAGGUUAACGCCACCUCUAGUGCCUCCCUGCCAUUAAAGGCGCUUCCCCUGUGAGAAACAAGUAAGACUUGGUUCUUUGACGUUCAACGUCCUCCCGUAUUGCAUGAGGAUGGCAUGACGACGUUAAAUGUCCUCCGAUGCUCCUUAUACAGAAGCAUUGGAUUCAGCUUUCCCCUACGAGGAGUGAGAUGCUUGCCGCGCAUGCUCUUCUUGUUCAUAAUGCUUUUCUAUGAGACGCAUUGAAUUGGAUUACAAGUUGGAAGCAUGAUUGCCGACAAAAAGAAGGUGGAAGGAGAGUGGCUACAAUGACAGUGUCUUGACAUUGGAAACAAGGUAAAUAAUGGGUUAUUAGCGUUAGAUUUUUAUAUGGUGGGGUGGCAGGGGUCACUGGAGGAUGCUAUUUUUGGGAGUCUCCAGAGAUCAUGUCAUGUCAGCAGCCAAUCGGAGUUUGGGAUUUGCACCGUUGUACUCAGCUUCCGCUGUGAAGAGAUUUAUUGUAUUCUGUGAUGAGUAUGCCCAACAUGCGCAAAGCAGUGCAAACAAUCUGUAAAACUGCUGAAUAGAUUUUAAAGAGAUCAAUGUAAAGUAUAGCUAGUGUUUUAAAGGGACACUAUCACACGGUCGCAUCUUUUUCUCUGUUUAUAUCACCUGUAGCGCCUCCAGGACGUCACGCUCAACAGGCAUGUUCUAAGUGGUAGAUAACGCAUAAUCAGUGACCGUCAAUAAAUGUCUUUAUCGUGUAAUCCUCCAGCGUUUGUGAGCUGGAAGAGUCAAUAGUCUUCCCGUCUAUUUUUUAUAUGUAACCAACUGAGCAAUGGGAAAUAGGAAGGGCACCUGGUAGGUUAGUAUUAAUUUGUGUUAAAGACCUGUGGGGAUAGAAUGUGUUUGGGUUAUUCGCCUGACAUGAUUGUAUAAAUCAGGGGUAGGCAACCUUUUAGCAGCACUGUGCCGAAGGAUUGUGAUGUCCUGUAGUGUGCCGGUCCUAUUUUUUUAAAUUGAGGUGUGUAUGUUGCUGUAUUCUGCUUGUUAUGUAUACUGUAGUUGCUUUGUAUCAUUGUAUUUGUGCGUAUAUGAGCUAUUAUAUUGUAUAUGUUUAUGAGUAGUUUGUGGUAUUGUGGGGCUGUUUGGGGUAUUGCAUGUGAGAGGCUGCAUGUGGGGCUGUGUGCAUGUAUGUGGAUUGUCAGUGGUGUUCAGUUUGUGCGGAUUGUGUGUAUGUUUGUGUGUGGGCUGUUCGUGUUAUUUGUAUGAGGGGAGGGUUAUUCUGCAGCUCUCUGUAUAUCUAGCAGUGUGGGGGGCUUCCCUGGGUUCCAGUGGGGACCAGGCUGGCCAGGUACAGCUCAAGGACAAGAGCUGCAAUAUCCGCUGUGGGCUGCUCUACUACAGUGUGGAUUCCCAUUCACAAGUGCUGGAAUGAAGUGAUCUGAGAUAACUUCCUCUACGUGCUGCAAUGCAUAAAUUAAGGAUUUCCCUUCACCACCUUUUUGCAUUAGCAGAUAUCUGAAGUUUACCUGGGACUCCUGAUAGGCCAGAGUCUGUUUGGCUCCAGCAGCCCUGAGUGCCGUGCAUGGCACUAGUGCCGUUGGUUGCCUACCCCUGGUAUAGAUUGUACAAAGUUACAUAACAUUUUGUUGAUAAUAAAAGUACACGAGUAUGGGGAUUGGCGAAGGCUGAAAAGCAAAAUGCUGAAAUCCUCCCCAAACUUUCUCACCCUCUUCCUAGACUAAGCCUGUUCCUAGUCUCACCCUGUUUCUACUCUCAUCCCUUUCCUAGUCUCACCCCGUUCCUAAUCUCACCCCGUUCCUAGUCUCACCCUGUUCCUAGUCUCACCCCGUUCCUAGUCUCACCCCUUUCCUAGCCUCACCCCUUUCCUAGACUUACCCCUUUCCUAGACUUACCCCUUUCCUAGUCUCACCCCUUUCCUAGUCUCACCCCGUUCCUAGCCUCACCCUGUUCCUAUUCCUAGCCUCACCCUGUUCCUAGCCUCACCCCUUUCCUAGUCUCACCCCGUUCCUAGCCUCACCCCGUUCCUGUUCCUAGUCUCACCCUGUUCCUAUCCUCACCCCGUUCCUAGCCUCACCCUGUUCCUAUUCCUAGCCUCACCCUGUUCCUAGCCUCACCCUGUUCCUAGCCUCACCCCGUUCCUAGCCUCACCCCGUUCCUAGCUAGCCUCACCCCUUUCCUAGUCUCACCCCUUUCCUAGUCUCACCCUGUUCCUAGCCUCACCCCGUUCCUGUUCCUAGUCUCACCCCGUUCCUAUCCUCACCCCGUUCCUAGCUAGUCUCACCCCGUUCCUAGCCUCACCCCAUUCCUAGCCUCACCCCGUUCCUAGCCUCACCCCAUUCCUGUUCCUAGCCUCACCCAGUUCCUAGCCUCACCCUGUUCCUAUUCCUAGCCUCACCCCGUUCCUAGCCUCACCCCGUUCCUGUUCCUAGUCUCAACCCCGUUCCUAGCCUCACCCCGUUCCUAGCCUUACCCUGUUCCUGUUCCUAGCCUCACCCCGUUCCUAGCCUCACCCCGUUCCUAGCCUCACCCUGUUCCUAGCUAAUCACUUAUCAAGUGCUUAGAUUUCCCGCAAAAUAUAUAGUAUUUCUAGAAAGAUAUCCUUUUUGUAAGUAUGUCAUGUUGUCGCAGGUAGUCGCUGUACCCUUUUUUUGGCUUGGCUUUGUACGUUGUGUUAACGGUGUGUUAUUUGUGAAAUGUGAGUACGUCCAUAAAGCACAGCGAUGGACAGUUUUGGUUCAGUAAUUUCCAUUGCUGUAUGAUGCUUAGACUCAUUGUUUUCUUUCAGACUCACAUUGUAUGUUUCUGACUCGGCUAUUUUAGCAUCCGUUUCCCAUGUCUGUGACUUACUACGUUGAGAACAGAACAGAUUCUCAAUUUCUGUACAUUUAGCACAAAUAUCAGCCCCCCCUCCUCCAAGCAGCUCUGCAGGUGGGGUAGAUAAAUGGCGACAAAUGAAUGCACAUACUGGAUUCUUUACGCCGGGUAUCAGGGUGGACUUUGAGGCAGAGUUGCGCCUGUUUGAACAAGCGUAUCAGUUUAAGGGGAAGUGGUAGAAUAGUUGCACAAGAGGUAAAAGUGCAAUAGAUUGACGUACGUGGCUUGUAUCCAGAACGGAAGUAGUGAGGUAUGUGAUCUAUAUAUAGCUCUAUACAUUUAAAAAGACAGACACAGAAUAUGGUAACACCCUGCUCCCAUACCUGUUUCCUGUAGCUUUGUAACGGUCAUACUCUUAGAUACGUUCAUUUAGGAGUUUAUGGGACCUUUUAAAGAGUUUAACCCCCGUUUUGAUGGGUUGUACAACCAUUCAUGUCGGAUUGUUAACCAGGGGCAUCAAAGGGAAGGCCGAUAGUAAAUAGCCAUUAAGUCUGAUUAAUACAGGAACAAACCACUCUGUCUCCUUAUCAGGAACUUCUAAACUAAUAUUUACAUUUCUCACUAGACAUCUGCUCGGGGUUCCUUUUCUGCUGAUAAUUGUCAAUUUCUCACUGCCACCCUUUUCCAUUUAAAGAGACACCCCAAGCACCAUAACCACUUCCUUUCAUUUGUUACAGCAUAUUCAGUGGUUAUGGUGUCAUGAUGCAGCCCUUUUGAUAUUUGACAAAUUCUUCUUUUUUUAUAUUUUUUCAGCAGUUUGACAAAAACAGGGGCUCUUCUAGCACACAAAUCCCGUGCCCUUUGCUGCCGAUGUGGGCGGUCUAUUGAUAUUGUGUAGUGAGCAUUAUAGUGUAAAUAUUAGCUAUACAUGCCAUAGCUAGCCACGUGUGUGGUCGGUGUAUUAAAUGACCACAUGAAAUGCUAUAACCAUGGAACCAGUUAAGAGGAGGUUGUUUUAAUUAGAAAUGGCCCUUAUAUCCUCUAUUACCUGAACACAGCUACAGAGCUCUUUAUUUGCAAACACACGGGUCUCGGCUAACGAUACAUUUUUCACUGUUGUCUUUUUUACAUUUUUUUUUUUAUCCAGGUUAUGGUUACACCACGCCUCUAUCUGACACCGGGAAAGCAUUCUGCAUCUUCUACGCCCUGGUGGGAGUCCCCUUCACCAUGCUUGUCCUCAGUGCCGCAGUCCAGAGACUCAUGGCAACCUUCACCCACAGACCAAUCCAUUAUUUCCAUGUGCAUCGGGGCUACGACCGCAAGAUGGUCACCAGAGUUCAUUUAUGUGUCUUGACAAUGGUGGUGCUAAUUUUCUUCCUCGUGAUUCCAUCCGCCAUCUUUAACGCCAUAGAGACAACUUGGACUUUCCUGGAUGCAUUCUACUUUUGCUUCAUCUCGCUAUGCACUAUCGGGCUGGGAGACUACGUUCCUGGGGAGCAGAGUGAUCAGUUUCUCCGGCAGCUCUACAAGGUGUCUGUCGCCUGUAAGUAUGAACGAGGUGGUGUCAUCGUAACUAUAGAUGGAGUCUCAGAACAAACAUUUCUUAAAAUCACUUUUUAUGUUCCGUCAUACAACAAGGAAGUGAGAUACUAACAGGAUCAGUCAGGCCUUUCCCACAAUCCCCCUGUAUAUCUUGCUAUUUAGCUUUUGCAUGAAAUAAUUUUUUUUAGAUUAAUAUAUUAAAAAAAGGGCUAUCAAAGGGAAAAUACCUACAAAAUGUAAACUUGAAAGGUUUUUUUUAUGUGGCAUCAGACGAGAUCUGGUUCAAUCUGUAACUUUACGCUCUACUCAAAGGUUUGACCUGAAAAAAAACACUAAGACCGAAGAGGAACCAAGUCAUUUUUAAAUGUGCUUCAGCAAGGAAUCACAUGCAUAAAUAGCCCAUUGUCAGCACAGCAUACACCACAACACUGUCCCUUACCCCAGUGAAUGGUAAGAAGUCAGACUGUGUGUGCAGGAAUUAUAGAACGAGUCAGCAGAGAAUCUGCAAACAGGAGGGUAUGUAAUGCACAGUGUUAAAAAUAAUCUAGAGAAUCGCUGUAUAAAGAAAGGCAGCCCUGCACUGGCAGCCAGAUACAUUGUGUUUCUUUAAAAUCUGGUUUAAAUCUCUUUGAUAAAGAUGAUCAAUUAGCCGAUAAAACGUGAUGUUGAAAUAUUCGAAGUUAUGCCAUCGCCAGUAAUUACAAUUUGGGAAGGUCAGAAUGUGUUAUUAAUCAGAGUGGUAUGCUAUGAGUGUAGGAUAUUUUUUAUUUUGCUGCUUUGUAUACGCAUGUAAACACAAUGCCCUGAGAGGUCAACUUUUAUUACUCUUAUUUGUUCUGACUGCUUUUAAAGGGACAGUAUAAGCACUUAAUUUCAAUGAAGUGGUCUGGGUGCAGUGUCCCAGCCACUAUGCUAAACAGACCUCCUGUGGCUGUCAGGGUGUCUGAUUGAGCUUCUGGGUCCAAAAUGGUUCUUGACAUUGGCAUUGAAUGAGGAUGUUGGAAUUUCUGCCAGUACAAUGCCGUGUGCUUACUUCAUACUGAGACCCUUUUCCAGGGAAAGAUUGUGGUAAUUGCUGGUAUAUGCCUUUUGCUCAGAAUGCUCCUCUAUUUUGUUUAUAUAAUAAACUUUAGUGUUGUUAUAUUUACUAAUCACAAUUCUUUUUGUCUCUCUUUUUUCUUCUCCUGCUAUUUUCUUUUACCAUCAUCUUCUAUUUUGACAAACUUGUCCUGUUUUUGUUCAUCUCUCAUCUUUGUUCUUUCAACUAAUACCGUUUCUCUUCUGCUUCCCAAUUUUCUUAUCCAUUGACCCCCUCUUCCUGUUUUAUCCUUCCACCAAUCUCCUCAAUGAAUCACUUCCUCCAUUUGCCUAUCCUGCCUGUUCUUCCUGGCUGUAGUCUACCUCUUUCUUGGACUUUUGUCCAUGUUGCUUUUCCUUCAGACGUUCCACAAGGCUGCUGAUCUUCACGGACUCACGGACAUGCUUUUCCUCCCUCGCUUGGCGGACCAAGAAGACCUGGAACCCAUCUUGGAGACCGCAAAUUCUUCUCUAACAGAAACUGAACCCAAGAGACCAUUCAAUACAGAUACCCAACCUGGUUAUGAAUCCAUCAAUCGGUAACCUUGACUUCGAAGUGGCAGCCAGAACCAACCAAUCUUCCAGUCGACCUUCCAUCAGGUUUCUCUAUUCAUAUACAUUUCCCACGUUUAUUUUGUCAUUGAACCAUCAGGGUAAAAGACUGGUUUGACCUUUCUCCGAUAUGAGAUUAAAUUGAACUUAAAGUUUAAGUGUUUUAGAAAUAACAUUUGCACUUAUUUCCUAAUGACACCUGGUGCUCUGCUUUAGCUACUCAGAAGGACCAUUUGAAGGGGCUGUUCCACCUCAACUAAUAUACCUGUACACCAUACAGUCCCUUAAACUCCGCUGGCUUUGUGGGUUGGUUUAAAUGUAAUGUCCAUGAAACAGCGACUGCACUUUGAUGUCUCUAAAUGUCUUUUCUGUUGCAGCAAGCUUCAUUUAGCACAUUGCGUGAAAAUGUCUCAGACAAACAGUUACAGACAGGUGACAAUACACGCAGUGAGUUUUAUCUAUGUGUUAGAUUCCCCUCUGCCUGUAUUUUAACACCUGACAAACUGAUCAGGUCCAGACAAAGCCAACUGGCUGCAUGAGAACGUCUAAACCAGUAUACGUUAAUUCAGGUGCACAAAUGGACCAGUUUUGUUUCAGGGUGUUUUUUUUUUUUUUUUUUUAAACAAAAACGUAAAAAAAAUUAAUUUAAUGUUAUUUUCAGUCUGAAAUGGUUUUUCCUAUUUAAAUGUUACCUCUGCAACCUGCUCUGUAAAUUUGACUAAGGUCAUUCUUUUAAAAAACUUAAUCAUAUGUAAUUUCCUUUUUUAUGUAAGCCAAAUAUAUUCCUUUGCAAAAUGUUUGCGGCUCCACCAUACUAUCCUAUUUGGCACAGUCAGCCUAGUUCAGGAUUACUGAUUAUCAAGAUGGCAAGAAUGUAUUUCAUUGUUUAAAGGGACAGUCACACGUAGGAGCAGAGUGACUUGUUGAUGGGUGAAAGGGAAGGUCAUCUGAUGGAGAGGAGCUACGCAAUGGCGUAGAAUUAUCAAUUAUGUUGUUUCAAUGUUACUUGUUAAACUACUGGUCUAAAUCUUGGUUAAUUUAUUGUGAGACCAUCAUCUUGAAUCCAAGUUAAUCUUUCUGAUCACUUUAAAGACCCUGGGCACACUUUAAGCUGGGCUAUUGGGUGUGGUGUUUUGGGAAACCGAGGGAGAGAUCAUGUGGAAUUAUUAGGGAAAUCUGACCCCACCCGCCUGUUACUGUGCACUACAAAUCCCAUUAUGCACAGUCAGCAACUGGAUUAAGUAUGUGAGUUCUUCUACUUUGGGAGUUGUAGAGCUGGUGUGGACGGCAAGAUGAUGUCAGAGCUUAAUUCCGCUACUUACCUGAAAAUUCCACGUAGCCCCCCGUGGUCUCCCAAUAUCCUACAUGAGAGCACAAAUAAUUUUAUGAAUCUGGUCUUAUACAAUAUUUAUGAUGAAAUGUUCCUUGUUAAAUUCAUUGUUUUCAUAGUAAUAUUAAUUAUUUAUUUACAUUUUAACACACAAAAUGCAUACUUUACAAAGCAUUUGCGAUCUAGAGUACCAAACCUUUUCUCUGCACAGUUUUUUUUUAUUAACACAAAUAAAUAUAUUUAUGAAAACCA